CCUUCGGGGAGCCGCUGUGUAAAGUCCUAGUGGGGUUUUUUCUAUGGGAAUAUGUACUGCUCCGCUAUCUUCAUAGCCUGCAUCAGCGUCCAGCGCUACUGGGCGAUUGUCCACCCACUUUCUCAGAAACUGAGUAGCCGUGUAACAGUGUGUGUGUGUGUUUGUGUGUGGAUUGUAGUCUGGGUCCUCACUGUACCGCUAUACCUGUAUGACCAGACCGUUAAAGUCACCAAUCUCAACACAACCACCUGCCAUGACGUCACUUUCCCAAACCAAACACACUUCCCUGUUGGGUAUUUCCUCACUAUGGGCAUUGUGGGAUAUGUAGUUCCGUGUGUGGUGUGCACGGUGGCAUAUUUCCUCAUAUUCAAGUCCCUCAGGAGCUCUUUUACAAAGACCAGUGGCAACAAGAAGAAAAGGAAGGCUUUAAUCCUGAUGGUCAUUGCUCUGGUGAUGUUCCUGGUCUGCUUCACUCCCAGUAACAUCACGCUGAUGGUGCAUUUCUCUCUGCUGGCUCGAGGAAUCGAGAACGACACUCAUGGCUUGUACAUCAUCACACUGUGCCUGUCCAGCCUGAACAGCUGUCUGGACCCAUUUGUGUAUUAUUUCAUCUCAGAUGACUUCAGAGAUCAUGUGAAGAACACACUGAUGUGUCAUGGUGCACGUUCUGCUGAGAGGAUGAAGGUGGCCUUCAGACCUUUGAAGGUCUCCACAGAAUCUUCUUCCUAAGAAACAGCACCUGUAGAGGAUGUGACAGACAGCGUACCUGCACCACCCAGUUUCCACUGAAUCCAAUAUAAUGGUACUGAGCAGCAUUGAUGAGCUUUCUGGAGUUCUCUCGGUCAAAUAGUCAAACACUUCCAGAUAUAUUAUCAUACACCACACACUAUACCACAAACUCAGCACGGGGCCACAGGAUCAGCAACAUGAGGGUUAAUUUAUGGGCCAAUGCCCCACAAGCUAAUCGUGCCUCACUAAAUGAGGGUUCUAUA